AUGGCCAGUGAGCAAUAUUAUAUGUCGUUACAUCCCGAAGUUCAAUUUCAACCCAAAGAUGAAGAACUGAUUACACAUUUCUUGAAGAGAAAAAUCUCCGGCUAUCCUCUCCCAAUUAACAUAAUCAUUGACGAAUUGUCCUUCUAUGAAUACAGUCCUAUCCAACUCUCACAGAUGUAUGCGUUUGCAAACCAGAAAGAGAUGUAUUUCUUCACUCCAGUCGAACGGAAAUUUACAGACUCUACUUUGCCACGACGCAAAGCUCGUAAUGGGUAUUGGAUACCAACUAGUAAAUAUGAAAACAUUGAACAAGGUACUGAGAUAAUUGGAGUGAAAAAGUCAUUACGAUUUUAUGCUGGGCGUCAUAGGAACGCUUCAACAAAAACCAACUGGACUAUGUUAGAGUAUAUAGCUGGGGGAACGGCAGCAGUAUCACAAAGCCCUUAUUUUUUGUAUGAUUGGGUUUUGUGCAAGGUUUAUGAAGAAGAAUUGAGUGUCAUGAAAGUACCAGAGUCGAACAAUCAAGGCAACGCUGCCGCUGAAGAAGUUACUGGAGAGCAACUCCAUCCCCAUAUAAGAACUUCCCCCCUAGAAGAUCUAUUUGGAGCAAAAAAGAGGCGAUGCUUGUCCAAGAAUUCAGGCCAAUUGCCCCUAACAAUAUGUACAAGCUCAUAUCGAAGGCCUUGCUUACCGGAGCUUCCCUUUGAAGUCAUCAUUGAGAUUUUGAGCCGGUUGCCUGUAGAGUCUGUACUAAGGUUCAAGUGUGUGUGCAGGCAAUGGUGUUCCACGUUUCAAGAAGAAGAUUUCAUUGCAAAACAUUGGGUUCGGGCCACUCCUCUACGACUUCCUUAUCGAUACAUAUGGGACUAUAACAAUUCGGUCAGUUUUUAUGAAGAAAAUUUCAAGCUUAUCGGUAAUUCUUGUGGCUUGUUUUUGGAGAAAAAUUAUUCUUCGCAAGUUUUCCGUAUUAGGAAUUUUGCGAUGCACCAAGUACUCUACUUGCCUCAUGCGCGCAAUGCAUACAUCAACACAAUGUGUUUUGUUUUGAAUUUAUCGACUGGUGAGUGUAAAGUGGCAUAUUUUUAUAUCAAGGGGAAUUUGGACGCUGAAGUAGGACUUAAAGUUUUAACAGUUGGAAUUGAUUGUCAAUGGAGACCCCUGAAGCUCUCCAACCAAACUAUAUGGGGGCAACAUGAAAAAUAUUUGCUGAAACGACAUAUUCUAAAGCCAAAUCAGAUUGAAGGGGCUGCUCAUUAUGUGGAAAUCAUAAGAGCUGGACAAGAUUUAUGCCUAGAAGUUCAGUCUUUUGAUCUUUUGACUGAAUGUUUCGUCACUACUAGACUGCCCGAGCGGGUGUUUGGAAACUUGGAAAAAGUUUUUGUGUUCAGUUGGAACCACCAUUUGGCUGUUGGUGAGAUUGUAGAGGAAGCCCUUAAUAUAUUGGUGCUGGAAGACUUCAAGGACCAUAAAUGGAGUGAAAAUAAGAUCGUAGUUCCAUAUAAAUUUUUAAAGGACAAUCCAAGUUUGAAGAAUCAAAUUUGGGCGCCAGUCAGAGUUAUUUAUGGUAAACUUGAGUUGCAGGGAGUGAAAAGUUUUCUUACUUAUGAUAUGGAAAGGGAGAUAAUUACAAGGAUCGAGGCCGGUAACGAUCCUGACAAGGAACAUUUUGCUUCACAUAAACCCAGCCUCUUGACUUUUAAGGGGAUGAGACCGAAAAGAGUUAGGUGUGAUUAUUAG